GUCGGUCUAUGUCGCGGGCGGCGGCGGCGGCCGCGGAGGGACGAUGCGCGAGUACAAGGUGGUGGUGCUGGGCUCGGGCGGCGUGGGCAAGUCCGCCCUCACCGUGCAGUUCGUGACCGGCUCCUUCAUCGAGAAGUACGACCCCACCAUCGAGGACUUCUACCGCAAGGAGAUCGAGGUGGACUCCUCGCCGUCGGUGCUGGAGAUCUUGGACACGGCGGGCACCGAGCAGUUCGCGUCCAUGCGGGACCUGUACAUCAAGAACGGCCAGGGCUUCAUCCUGGUCUACAGCCUGGUCAACCAGCAGAGCUUCCAGGACAUCAAGCCCAUGCGGGACCAGAUCAUCCGGGUGAAGCGGUAUGAGAAAGUGCCGGUUAUCUUGGUUGGGAACAAAGUGGACCUGGAGAGCGAGAGAGAAGUGUCCUCCAACGAAGGCCGAGCACUGGCCGAAGAAUGGGGCUGUCCUUUCAUGGAGACUUCUGCUAAGAGUAAAACAAUGGUGGACGAACUGUUUGCAGAAAUUGUGAGGCAGAUGAACUAUGCUGCUCAGCCCGACAAAGAUGAUCCGUGCUGUUCAGCCUGUAACAUACAGUAGCACCUGAAUGUGGCUGACCUGGGCUGGGAUGUGCCUGGCAUCGCCUAGUCUCUUGCAGUUGGCAGGAUGCGUGGUAUGAAUCCACAGUGCCCUGCAGCCCUUACUCAGAAACCAUGUCUUUGAGCACAGUGGGGCUCAGUGACUACGGUCUUCACCAUUGUCCUGUCUCCUUCAUGCGUCUGCAACUUGAAGGCCCCAGCCAUCGAUCUACAGGGUGAUCUCAUUAGAAAGCGAUGGUGGCCUGGCCACUGAGUUGACAAAGCAACUAUUGUAUAAUUUGAAAAUAAUCAUGAGAGAGUAACCAGAAGAGUUCCUAUGACCACUUACAAUUAAAAUAUUUUGUCGUCUUUAAAAAAAAAAAUAAGUAAAAGGAGAAAUAUUUUCCUACAAGAGUACUGAAUUUCUGGAACUUCUAACCAGUGUAUUCCGUCAAGUCGGACACCAGCUGGCCUGCCAACAGAACUGCGGGGAGAGCCUUCACUCAGCUGCCACAUUUCUGUUUUUCAGAAUUCAUGAACUGUAGAUGUGAUUCUAAUUUGUGACAUGAAACUAACUCAUGCAUCAGUUCUUGAUAGUGUCAAAGUCAGAACAAGGUUGUGUGCAGAUAGAGUCAGGCUUUAGAAUUUGUUAAGUCACCUGCUUUGCCACAGAGAACGAAAGUUCUCACAGGGGUUUGAUCAGAAUUAAAGGCACAAACCCACCUCUCUUAGCCAAGCAGAGAUGGUCUUUAUUAACAAGAAGGAAGCAACUGAGAUGGAGAGUUUACCUAGCCUCCCCAGCACGGGCGAUCUAGGAGAUGACCUAGUACCAUCAUGUAAGGAAAACAAAGCCAUGCUGUUCCCGUUUGCAGAAACCUGACAGGACAGGUGUCUGGCAUUUUAUGUUCAUGAAAGCUGUAAAUUCCUCCUCUGCCUUUAAGGGCUAUGGUUGUGAUGUGAGCCUUGGCUACUCUGCUUUGGAAAUCCAGUUUGCUGUAGCAGAGCUUUAUUUGCAAGGCAUUAAAAAAAAAAAAAAGAAGAAGUUGAAUAACCAUGUGAGAUAAUUUGAGUUUAAAAGUAGAACGUAAAUUACAGAGUGGAAGGUAAGGGACAAAAAAAAAGCCUUUUUAUCUUUCAUUUUCCUGAAGAAUUAUAUAAAGGUUUUCUUACAACAAUUUUGCCCUGAUUACUGAAGUGGCAAAUAAGGCUGGCGUGAAUAUUUUGUUUUGAAAAGGUGCUCAAGCUCUGACAUUUUUGGUUUUCAUAGCCUAGCCGUGAAGUAUUUAUCAUUUGCAUGAGUAAUGGCACAGGAAGAACCUAUUCAGAAGUUUUACAAUCAAGGGUAGAAGGGUUUUCACCUCACUUCAGUUAUAAACACUGAAGAGAUUGUCUUGAGCCCGCCCUCUGGAGAUAAAUUUGGCCUUCAUAACUGCAAUAUCACUGAGCCUGCGAUAUACGUACCCCUCACACUUUCCUCGUUCCACGGUCUUGUGCAAGUAACCUCUGGUCUUAACGUGUGUAACUGAGGGAAGAGUGUGUGUUCGUGUGUGCAUGUGUGUUUACUGUUUCUAAGAAUUUGGCACAAGUCAGAGAUAAUCGCCUAUCCUGAGAGUCUAUACUGUAUCAAAAGCAUUUUUUUUCUUUUAAAUCAUCUUCUAGACAUCAUGGCCAUCAUGGACAACCCCACCUCCAGCUGUUUAGUAAUUGACAUUAAGCUUAAAGGAUAAGGAAAAAGGUCAGUUAUAUUUUUUCAGAGAUGAGAAAACUGAAGAAAUAAUGUGGGUACAAACCAGGUCAUAAUUGUUAGAAUCAUUGAAUUAUAUUUACAAUCUUCAACACUGUGUUUUUUUAAUAAUCUUCAAUUAAAAGCAAUUCAUAGGACAGUUUUAAGCAAUUGUAUUGAAACAGACUUCACUAUGUAAAUGUUGAUUUGACUCAAACAAAUCAACCAUGCAAAAAGUACGACUCACCUACUAAAGUAGACGUUUUUGAGUGAUUUGAGUUUUGAAGCCUCUGACUUCUCAAAACGAGUCCAGUUUUGUAAGAUUUCACAAUUAAUAUCAAGUUAUGACCUUGUACAGAUUCCACAGUUUUCUCUCAUGCCAUGCUAUGCAGACUUGAAUAGGUGAGAUCACACGAGAAAGGUCUGACAAAACGUAAGGUGGGAAAGUUAUCUAAAAUGUGGGGUUGGGUUUGAAAUACUUGUAGGACAAUAAGGUGAGCUUUUCCUUUGAAGAUGUCACUAGGAACGAUCAGCCGCCUAAUCAGUGUUUCCACAUGGCCACAAAUGCAGCCACCCUGUGUCAAGUCAUACCAUACUGGGUGUCCUCCUGCACUCUCGGCCUUCUGGCAUGAAUCUUAACUCGGUGCGAGCGGAUGAAUGUGUUUGCUGAGAUAGUCAUUGAACACUCAAGAGCACGAAGAUUAGACUUGUUGGCACAUUAAAAAAAAAAAAAAGUGUCUGUAAAGGAGAGUUGGUGACUUUGGGUCACUAUUUUAUGCCCUGAUCAGACUAGCAACUAAAUAAGUAAGUUUUUCUAACAUGCCUUAAAAAUAUUAUGGUUUGAUCCAAAGACCCAUUUUUUCUUUAGCUAUUGUGAUAAGGUUUUUCUCUUUGUUUUUUUUACUUUUAUACUAAGGCAGCAUCUUUUUUUUUCUUUUUCCCUCUCAAUGUUACAACUUUUUUCUCUUAAGCUGUGAUAGUGGUGGUAACUUGAUGCCUUUGAAUUUGUUCAGCUUACUGGGAAGAAGCCAGCAUUUGUCAGAAGUAUUACAUAAAAUCUUUCCUUAAACUGUUGAAAGGUGCUCCGAUGAUUCUUCUCCUUUGGUUUGUAGAAUUAAGACUGAACUUUGCCCUCCUUCACUGGGUUGCCAUCACUUUCCAUGGUGAAACUACUGAUUUGCUUUUCAUGUAAGGAAAUAUUGCCUGAGGAUGUCUCGUAUUUGUUUUCCAGGGUGAAUGUUGUCAGUGUCUGUGUGCAUAUGAAAGUGUUGUGCAUAGUUUAUUGAUGUUGGGUUGUUUGUUUGGUUUUCUGUUCUCCUUAGCUCUGUGUUAAGCACUGGUUAAGCUUUAAUUGUCUCCUUAACCAAUCAAACAUUAAAGACUAUAGGGGUCUUUUUCUUUCCUUCUUUUUUUUUUUAACUUGUCAUUGUGCAUCUAUUAAAUCUUGAUCAGGGUUUCAAGAAUGACUACAGUAGGUUUUGAAAACAGACUUAUCAUUAUUGAUUUUAGGUUUCCCAGAGAUACAGUUCACAGUUAAUUGUUGAGCUCUAAUACAACUGACCAUUUCAAAUUUGAACAACAAUUUAUUGUUUUGUAACAAUGUCAGUUGUUAAAUCUUGGCAUUUCCAUUAAAACAUGAAUUGUAGUUAGAACUUGAUGCAAAUUCAACAGUUGUAUUUGGAGUUAAAUUAUUUUAACAAAUAAAUUUAUUUAAUGAA